GCACCUUUUAUGCGCAAGAGAGAGCGGCGAGAGAACCAGAACCUGCUUGUGAGGGAGCUUCCGAGAGAGAGCGAUAAUAAAGAAGGAGCUUUUAUUGCUGUCGAAAUCGACUAGCGGAAUCGCAGAGAGCCAUUUAAGGCUCUGAGAUGUUCUGUAUGCUAUUUGGAUUUCUGCUUUUCGGCGGCGAGAAAGCAGAAGAGACUGAGUGGGAAAAGGAGCGAUAAUCUCUCCGGAGAUAUAUCUCGGACCAUUUUGGAUCCUCCGAAAUUGAAUUCCAUUGACUCUAAUAAGAGUGAUUCCAGCGAUUCCGUUAAAGAAAGUUUUUAAUCAGUUUCCUUUCUAUAUAUAUCUCUGUUUUUCAAAUUCAGUACCUCCCCCCUUGUCUAAAACGUUAUUAGGAAUUUGCAUCGCAAUUAAUUUACUUCCAAGUUUGAAUUCAACUCUCAACACAUAAAAGGUCGGUUUGCGAAGAAACGUCGUGAACGAGAAACAGAGAGCGACAUGGCUACUACGGUUUUGAAGGAAUCAAAGUCGCUGUCCUCAGUAGAGACGCAAACGACGAAGGCAUUAGUUGGAGAAGUGGUCGAAGCCGUGUCUGUGAAGUGCUACUGCUGUGGAUUGAUGGAGGAAUGCACGCAGGCGUAUAUUAGUCGUGUGCGAGAGAGAUACCAAGGUCGUUGGAUUUGCGGGCUGUGCGCCGAGGCAGUGAAAGACGAGUCACUGAGAUCAGAAAUGGAUAUCUCCACCGAUGAAGCUCUCAAGCGACACAUCAAGUUUUGUCAGCAAUUCAGAUCUUCGAGCCCUCCCAACAAUCCGACGGAGGAUUUGAUUCUGGCAAUGAAACAGCUCCUUCUUCGGACUUUGGAUUCUCCGAGGAAGGAGGGACUGACGUGUUGUCCCUUGGGCAGAUCUCAGAGCUGCUUCUCAUCCAUGCCGGGCACUCACCCAGAAGCCCACACCGAGUAACCGCCAUUAAUUAAGAUGAUGUAGGUAACUAGCGGUUUAGUGGCUCGGCGUAAUCACGGGCUUGGAUUAUUAAACCUAGUAUUCGCAUUGUCUUGUGUUGUCGUUUAGGUGUCUUUUAGUCUUUGUUUAGUGGUUGGUUUUCUAGGAUCCUGGUUGAGGCCGCUGGUCGUUUCUAUCUGAAAAACUUCGAUUGAAGGGAUGACGGUGGGACAAGUCUUCCUUCCCUGACUUCAAUCGGAGUUCGUUCUCUCUGUUUAAUUGUUUAUCAUUAAUAAUAAAUAAAUGUCAUUUCCUUGUGGUUUGCUCAAGGCGUAUA